AUGCAGAAGAAUCAAAGAAAACUUGAAGAUGGAGAGACGAGGAUGAAUCGAUUCGAAUCACAGAGAACACUCACUGAGGUGACGAGCAUUUCUUCGAGUUCUCUUAAAAGAAAAUGGAUUUUUUUCGAACAUAUUAAACGCUUUCUUUGGUUUAGAAAUAGUGUCGAUGACGAAAUACAAAGCAAGAUUUUUGAGGAAAACGAAGAAAAAAUCGAGGCGAUCUCGUUGAAAGCAUUGCUGACCUACACAAGCCUCAAGGAUCGCGUCUGUUUACUGAUAGGCACAUUGUUGGCGUUUUUUGUUGGCGCUCUUCAGCCGACAGUCACUUUGCUUGGUGGACUUCUCGAGAAUAUCCUCAUAAAGCAUAAAACGCCAAUCGGUGAGGUAAAGUUUCGCCAUGAUAGCUAUGUGAUCAUUUAUUGGUAUAUCGCUUUCGGCGUUUUCACCUCACUCCUUUCACUGGUACAGGUAAUUGUGAUGGAAUCUGCGUGUACGGGAGUGGUUUCACGAAUGAGAACCGCUUUUCUGAAUUCAGUGCUUCGACAAGACGCCACUUGGCUUGAUAAGUCCGAUUCAGGAGCAUUAUCUUCAAAACUGGCUGACAACGUGGAGAAAGUGCGAGAGGGAAUUGGUGAAAAGUGGGCGUUAGUGGUGCGCGGAUUCGCGAUGUUCAUCUCAUCUUGUGCCAUUUCGUUUUUCUUCGAUUGGAGAACCACUCUAAUAAUGAUUGGUCUUGUGCCCGUCGCCACAAUCACAAUGUUUCUUUCAGCUAAGGUGGCUGAGGGGCCAGCUCUUCGCCAAAUGAACAUCAACGCCGAAGCUGAUGGAGUGGCUGAGGAGGCAAUCUCGGCAUGGAAAACCGUUGCCGCUUCAAAUGCUCAAUAUUUCUUUGUUCAGAAGUACACGAAAUUUCUAUCGAAAUGUAUGGAAUUUACAAGAAAAGUGAAUUUCAUUAAUGGUUUCCUUGAAGGUCUCAUGUUUGUCGAGCUCUACUUUUUUAUGGCAGGCGGAUUUUUGUACGCAACAAUCUCGUAUUUUACGGGUAGAAUUCCGGAGCCGGGUCAUGUGUUCAUUGUGGUGAACACAGUUGCAUUUGGUGCUUAUUUUGUGUCGAUUUUGGCACCGCAUUUGCACAGUCUUGUGAGAGCACGAAUUGCCGCUGCACUCAUUCAUCAGAUUGCUCAACGAAAGCCUCUUCACGAUCCCGAUGCUGGUGACCAAAUGAACGAGUUGAAAGGGAAAAUCGAAUUUGUUGAUGUCACUUUUCAAUAUGCAACAAGAAACGAACAAGUGCUAAAAGGAGUUUCUCUUUGUGUGGAAGCCGGUCAAAAUGUUGCUUUUGUGGGCGCGAGUGGAUGCGGGAAAAGUACAGCAAUUGGCCUUAUUUCAGCUCUAUAUUCACCGAUAUCGGGAAAAGUUCGAAUCGAUGAUAAAAAGAUUUCAAUGCUUAGCGCUCAAAGCUUAAGAGAGCAUAUCGGCAUUGUGCCUCAAGAACCACCGCUUUUCACUGGAUCCAUCUUUCAAAAUGUGGCUCUUGGGAAAGAGGUAUCUCUUGAACAAGUUAGCGAAGUUUGUAAAAUCGCCUCAGCUCACGAGUUCAUCUUAAAGUUGGACAAGGGUUACGAUACAAUAGUUGGCUAUGGAGGAAUGGCACUAUCAGGAGGACAAAAACAAAGAAUCGGAAUUGCGAGAGCGCUUUUGGGAAAACCGAAAAUCUUACUAUUAGAUGAAGCCACCUCAGCCCUUGACACAAACAGUGAGGCUGCUGUUCAGAAAGCACUAGAUCGAACUAAACGCACCCGGACAACCAUCUCGAUCGCUCACCGUCUCAGCUCAAUCCGAGAUUCCGAUGUGAUUUUCGUUUUUGACAAAGGAAAUAUCGUUGAAAAAGGAACACAUUCGGAACUCCUAGAACUAGAUGGAGUUUAUGCGGGAUUGGCAAAAGCUCAACAAUUGAGUCAAGAAACGACAACGAGUGAUGCGAUCAAAACAAACUUGAAAGGGAAAGGGAAAAAGACUUUCAAGGCUGUUGCUAAAGCUUACACAAAUGUUCUACAUUUUACAAAAACCAGCAAGCAAGCUGAAAAAACGAUUGAAGGAGAGGAUUUGAUUGAAAAAGCUUUGAUGAUUCCUCGAAAGCGAUCACUCGAACCGGGUCUUCGAUCAAGUUUCCGAGGUGCUGCUCACCUUGGACGAGUCAUCUCCAAUUCUGUCACCACUUCUGAUAUCGCUUCCUCUAUCGAUUACAUCAACAAAAUUGGACGAGAGGAUAAACAAAAAUCUUGGUCGUUUCUCAUUCAAUUUUACAAAGAUUCUCUAAAGAAUCAUGCAUUUUCAAUCAUUUUAGCCCAGGUAAUCUCAUUGAUUCGCGGCAUUGAGCUUCCAAUGUAUUGCUAUUUUCAAGUCCUCAUUUAUAAUGCGCUUGAUUCCACUAAAGAUACUUAUCAAACACCAUUGAUAAAGGGAGUUAUCUUGUUCGCGUCACUCGGAAUCUUCUGUCUUUUUGUGAUCACGCUGGCUCAUGUUCUUUCUGGACAAAGUGCUGACAUUUGUGUGAAUGAGUUGAGGGAGAGAGUGCUAGAAAAGAUUCUACUUCGAGAUGGGUAUUGCUUUGAGGGACAAAAUUCUCCAUCAAACACAAUAGUCACUCUUUCACAGCAACCCGAUAAUUGUAAAGCGGCGUUAGACAGUCGUUUCUGUGUGUUCUCUAGUGAUUUCUCGGCACUUCUUGUUUGCCUUGGCUUAACGUUUUCAUUUUGUUGGCAAAUGGGCUUUCUAUCGAUUGGAAUUUGCUUUAUACUCACCAUUUCUUUAUUCGGUUUAACUUUUGCAGUAGAGAAAGCGAUGAAAAAGAGAAUGAUCACAGAUACAACUGCACAGCUCUCUUUGGAAGUGAUCAUCUACGCAAGGAGCAUUCAAAUUUUAGGUGCAAAGAGAUUUUUCCUUGAUAAAUUUGAGAAAACGCAAAAAAGCAUCAAGAAACUUGAUGAAAAGGUGUCGAUUCUCAAAGCUUCGACUCAAGCUCUCACCCAAGGAUUUGUCUUCUUUUGUGAGGCUGCAGCUUUUGCUCUUGGAAUUCAUCUCGUUUAUAUUGGAGACGCUAAAUCUAAUGACGUUUUACUAGCUUCAAUGUGUGUCUCGUUUGCUGGAUGGGCUUUAUUUUUCAUGCAACCAUCAUUCAACGAUGUCUCCCGUGCCGCUUCAGCUUCAGCAGCUCUUUAUCGGCUUCUUCAAGGAAAAAUAACAGAACUUGACAAUGGAAAUAAACCGAAUCUGGAUGGAAGUGUUGAGGCCGUCGACGUUACCUUUACUUAUCCAUCACGACCAGAUCAUAAAGUUGCUUCAAAGUUGAGCCUUGCAGCGAAAGCGGGUGAAACGAUCGCUUUAGUGGGCGAAAGUGGAUGUGGAAAGAGUACACUCAUUCAACUCAUCGAAAGAUUCUAUUCACCAUCCAGCGGACAAUUGAAAAUCGGUGGUUAUAAAAUAAAAGAUCUCUCGCUGAAGCAUUUGCGCAAUCACAUCGCCUUAGUUGGACAAGAGCCUGUGCUCUUUAAAGGAACAAUCCUGGAAAAUAUUACUUUGGGAAUUGAGGGAAAAGUCGAUAUGGAAAGAGUGAGAAAAGUGGCAAAAGAUGCGCAUUGUGCUGAUUUUAUCGAAGCUUUGCCAUUGGGUUACCAGACAGAGAUUGGUGAUCGAGGAAAGGGGCUUUCUGGGGGACAAAAACAGCGGAUAGCUAUUGCUCGUGCAUUGAUCAGAGAUCCUAAAAUUCUAUUACUGGACGAGGCGACAAGCGCUCUCGACACGCAAAGCGAACAAAUGGUUCAAUCAGCUUUGGCUUUGGCAUCAAAACACCGCACAACAAUCUCAAUCGCUCACCGACUAUCAACUAUACAAUCUUGUGAUAAAAUCUACUAUAUUGAUGACGGUCGAGUGAUGGAAAGCGGGACACAUGAAGAGCUUUUCUCUAAAAAUGGCUUCUACGCAAAACUCGUUCGUAUGCAAGCAUUGUCUACU